CAUCUUUGGUGAAAAGGAUCGGCGACACUUCAUCUUCAAUUUCAUCGUAUACGAUUCAUGUCUCUUGAUUCUCUUCUAUCAAAAUUUUGAAACCCUAGAACUAACGUUCCAACACCUUUGUCUGCGACGUAAGAUUUCAGAGUGAUUAGUCGGAGUCAUGUAAAACCAGGACAACGGUUCAGAGGUUACGGCCAUCCAACAACAAAACAGUGAGACUCCAAAGGAACCACAAUCUCAAAAAGAGGAGUUUCCUCCGGCACCCUCUGAUCACCAGAGCAUCUUGGUUUCUCUAUCGUCCAGAUCAGUGUGGAAAGGAACGGUGUGUGAGAGGUCUCAUCUCUUCCGGAUAAAAUACUAUGGUAGUUUCGAUAAACCCUUGGGACGGUUCUUGAGAGAUCAUUUGUUCGAUCAGAAUCGUAGGGUUACAGGUGCCGCUCAUGUGAGAUGCCAUCAGAAGCUCACGUUCACUGUUACACUCAUCGACAAGGCAGCCUUACGAUAUCUGUGAAGAAGCUCCAAGAUUAUCUCUUACCUGGUGAAAAGGAGGGGAAGAUCUGGAUGUGGCAUAGAUGCCUGAGAUGCCCCCGACCUAAUGGCUUUCCUCCAGCGAUUCUACGAGUGGUGAUGUCUGAUGCAGCCUGGGGAUUGUCGUUUGGGAAAUUUCUGGAGCUCAGUUUCUCAAAUCACUUAGCUGCCAGUAGAGUAGCAUGUUGUGGCCAUUCUCUCCAUAGAGACUGUUUACGCUUCUAUGGAUUUGGGAACAUGGUGGCAGAGAGAGCAGAGCUUCUGUUUUCUGAAGUACUAAAUGCUAUUAGUCAAAUAGCAGUGAAAGGUUCUAGGCGUCGAAUUGGUGAACUUGAAGAACUACUGCAAAGAGAGAAAGCAGAAUUUGAGGAGAAUAUGCAAAGGAUGUUGCAGAGGGAGGUGAAGGAAGGCCAACCUCGUGUGGAAAUUCUUGAGCUAUACCGGCUUCGCAGACAGCUGAUAUUUCAGUCUUAUAUGUGGGAUCAUCGCUUGAUUAAUGCGUCAAAUUUAUAGAAUCUCGAAUUGUAUAAACUCUAUAAUAAGAAUAACUCUCUUAUUAAUC